GCGGGGGCGCUGCACCAGGAGGUCGCCCGUUUCGGCCGAGGCCGCAGCGACCUGUUUCCACCCUCCCCCCACCCCCGAGCUUUCGAGCUCCGCCGCCGCUGCGGUGACUGUCAGGCGAGAUUGCUGUUGGCGGAGCCGGAGUGAGGGGGGUGGUGGGGUGGGGGGGGGGAGGGGUUUUUGUUGGUGUGUAUGUGUGUGUGUGAUUGUGCGCGCGGAUCUUCUUCACGGAGCCGGACUCCUGGCAGGCGGCAGGCCAUGGCGGAGCGGAGUGGGGAUGAAAGCCGGCACUGGAGCGAGGUUCAGCUGAGGAAGUACACCUUCGCCACCAAGGACAUCCCCAGGAUGUCCUACAGCGAUCCGCGGGUCGAGGCGCUAAUAGACAAUGAGGAGCCAGUAGUGUUGACAGAUACCAACCUGGUGUACCCAGCACUGAAAUGGGAUCUGGAAUAUUUGCAGGAGAACAUUGGCGAUGGGGACUUUUCUGUUUAUGUUGCCAACACGCACAAAUUCUUGUACUAUGAUGAAAAGAAAAUGGUUAACUUCAAGAACUUCAGGCCAAAGUCUAGACGGGAAGAGAUGAAAUUCAGUGAGUUUGUGGAAAAGCUUGGUAAAAUCGAACAAGAUGACAACAGGUAUUACUUACAACAAACACUGAAUGAUACAGUAGGGAAGAAGAUUGUCAUGGAUUUCCUGGGUUUUAACUGGAACUGGAUUAAUAAGCAACAGGCAAAGCGGAACUGGGGACAGCUCACAUCCAAUCUGCUGCUUGUAGGAAUGGCAGGAAAUGUCACGCCAGCACAUUAUGAUGAACAGCAGAACUUUUUUGCACAAAUUAAGGGUUACAAACGCUGUAUUCUCUUCCCACCUGAUCAGUUUGAUUGUUUAUAUCCAUACCCAGUUCAUCACCCGUGUGACAGACAGAGCCAGGUGGAUUUUGAAAAUCCAGAUUAUGAAAGAUUUCCUAAUUUUAGGAAUGUUGUAGGAUAUGAAACAGUGGUUGGGCCUGGAGAUGUUUUGUACAUCCCUAUGUACUGGUGGCAUCAUAUUGAGUCAUUGCUUAAUGGAGGAAUCACUAUUACAGUCAACUUCUGGUACAAGGGUGCGCCAACUCCAAAGAGGAUCGAGUACCCAUUGAAGUCCCAUCAGAAGGUCGCAAUUAUGAGGAAUAUAGAAAAAAUGCUGGGAGAGGCUCUAGGGGAGCCACAGGAGGUUGGGCCAUUAUUAAACAUGAUGAUUAAAGGCCGAUAUGAUUAAUCGUCAUCCUGUGGACUGUUCAACGACACUUGCUUGGAGUAAAUGGCGCCAGACUGAGCAUACUGUACACGAGCAUUACAUUAACAAAAGUGCAAGAACUCGUCCUCUUGUUCAAAGUUGGCUGCCAUUGAUCAUUGAAGUGAAUUUUUAUAUCCACCAUCCAUGUGCCUGUCAGACAGAAGAUUGACAACCGACAUCUGAUAUCAAUUGGUUGGCACAUUGCCCUGAAAACAUUAUAGCACUGAGUGUGUAUGUAGACCACUUUCCAUCAAUUUAUACAGUUUAAAGUUUCCUUUUGAAACAAAUACA